AUGCUGAUGCGUUUUAGUUUUCGUUCUUUGGUAAAGACCUUCAACAAUAGUCUCCUCUACCGUGCCUCAUCAAUUGCUCCGCUUUGUCCCCAACAAGUGGCUAACAUGGCCACCUUCCGCCUCUGUCCGCCCUCCGCCAACCUGUUCCCAUGGCGUGUGUGUGUUGACUUCCCUGUUUUAACUUUGUGCAAGGCGUGUGUGUGUUGA